UCACAUCUUGACCGCAACACAAUCAACACUUUGCCCCGGCCAAGUGAAGUGGAUUUCAUCAUUGCUUGUCCUCCAGCCCUCCUUGUCAGGGGUUUUCUUUAUUGACAGGCACAAUAAGAGUUCAGUGAGUGAUGUUGAUGCAUAAUGAUCUUGUCGCUUUAUCCUUUGUUGAUUACUUCAGGCCCAAGUUUCUGCUCAUUGAAAACGCCAGGAAUCUCGUUUCAUUUGAUAAUAUGAAUCCAUUUCAGCUAAUUAUAUCUUCACUUCUUGAAAUGGGUUAUCAGGUGAGGUUUGGAGUACUCCAAGAAGCGGUAUUCUAUGGUGUAGCACAAUUUGGGACUAGUGACUUUAUUUUGGUUCUAAAUAUAACAAAACAAGACCCACUGCAAUACCUUGGAGUUGAGGCAAUUUUGGCAACACUACUCUGUACAUUUUUCUUCAUCUAUGACAACGCUGACAAUUGCAACAGUAUGUUUGGAGCAACUAUUGGCAUUAGGUCACAGUUUAAUGAAGUUUGGAGUUAAGAUUCUUUGUUUUGGUCAUUGAUUUUUGGCUUAAGAAUACAAUGCAGAAUAUGUCUUUUGUGUUUAGCUUUAAUUCUAUUGUUGGUUUAGGACAUUACAUUGAAGGUCAAGGCACAUUUGCAGUCAUAGUUAAUUUUCGAUUAGAUUUGGUUCUAAGUUUGCUUGGUGUAAUUUGUAUAUCUUUUCGAGGGGCUUUAGUUCGGUCCUCCCCUUUUAAUACACUAUUUUAAUAUAAUAAACUCCUUUUU